UUUUGUAUACUGAAUGUGAGCUUCUGGAUUAAAGAUUUCAACGUCGGUCAUAUAUCAGCCAUGCCUCACAGAACUCGGCCUAUGGCAGCUCUUCUACUGUUUACUGGACUUAACGUUGUUUUGGUCUCAACAAUAACUCCUGUCUAUGAUUUCGUAUGCUUCCAUCCAUAUUGGGAAAGAAGAAGAGAGCGUCGGCGUCAGGAACGUGAAGCAGCUUUAAGAGGUUCAGCAGCUGCUUAGUGUGAUAUCAGGGUUGGUGAUUCUGUCUAGCAGAUUAUUUAAUUUAGCCUUGUCACAAGAGAAAACUGACUUGCUAAAAAAAUAUUUAAAGAAUAUGAAAGAAAUUGGAGCCAUACACGAUGGUCUUUCAUUCUACAAGUUUUGUUGUUUCCAUGGUAAAUAUGGAGUCUCAAUCUCAAGUUGAGCAAAGUGCUGUGCUAGGCUUACACUAGAAAUGGAAGAAAGAAAAAAGAAGAUAUGCUUCUUCCCAUAGCAUACUUGCUCUUUUUGAAAAGCCUUGUGACAGAAGUUAUUUAUAAGCUUAGAGCAUAGUGCUAGAAGGUUUUCAAAGUUGAUUAGUGUUCUUUUGCUUUGUAUGAUGUAAGAUUAUUGAUAACUUAAUGAUACUUGUUAAUCUUACAAGACAUCGAAGGGUUUUAAUACUUUGGUGUACCCCUUUUAUUUUAGUUUAAUUACAACUUUAUCCCCUUUUUUUUCC